AUGGAAAAAAAAAAAAUUUUAGACGCGGCGCUUGCACCCCGCAUUAUAAGUGGUGUGCCGACGGACGGUCAACCCCUUUCAGGGGGCCCCCUAUCUUGGGCGUGGUGUCACACCACGCUCAAACGGUGGGCACUAAUGAAAACGCGCCCAUAUAAAUAUCCGCUAUCAACAGAACCCCCAACCCCCCCAUCAGUGCCCAACUCAGCUUCCGUAAACCACAACACCACCACUAAUACAACUCUAUCAUACACAAGAUGUCAUUCGACGACUUACACAAAGCCACUGAGAGAGCGGUCAUCCAGGCCGUGGACCAGAUCUGCGACGAUUUCGAGGUUACCCCCGAGAAGCUGGACGAAUUAA